AGAUCAGCGAGGGCCGUGGUUCUACAAGACCCCGGAUGUUUUGAUCACGUGUCAGGGGAGACCCGCGAACCACCGCCAGAAUGUCGCACAAAUACGUGUCCAACAAAGCCGUCAUGAAGAACGAAGGGUUCCUGGCCAAGCUGGGCUCGACCCUCAUGACCCGCACCAAUCCCGACCCGCUCAUCGAAACCAAGACCCAAUCUUCAAUCGCCUGGCGGAAGACGUCGGAUGUCAAGGCGCGCAUCAAGACGGCGACGGGGACCAUCGCCAUCUACGACGACAUGACUCCCGAGGAAAUCGCCGAACUGGAGCAGCAAGCCACGUUGAUGGCCGGAGGAUCGGCGCCCGAACUGUCCGGCGUCGCCGCCACAGCUGUCCAAACUGUCGUUUUGGCGGCUGGAAUUGGGGACCACGGCCCGGACACCAAGGAAGGACCUGUCAACGACCUCCCACUAGCCACUGACCACGGACGCUACGACCCCUCGCAGCACGACGAUGUCAACAACGACCCACUAGCCACUGACCACGGACGCCACGACCCCUCGCAGCACGACGAUGUCAACGACCUCCCACUAGCCACUGACCACGGACGCCACGACCCCUCGCAGCACGACGAUGAGGACGAUGAGAUCGACCUGCUCAUCGAAGCCAUCAGGCCACUUGAAGGGGAGGCAGAUCAGAUGCUGAUGGAUCAGAUACUCAUGGAUCUCACCCUAUCAUCCUUACUUGACGUGGACGAUGCGGAGGAGUCCCUCGGGUCUCCGACAGAUGGCGGCCCUCACAAACUCCCGCCUUCGGCAGCGGCGCCGCCAGAAGCCUCCGCCACGCCCGCAAACGCUUCUGUUAAGAACAAGAACAAAUGUAGCUGCUGUGUGAUACAGUAGUGAGUUAGGGAGCAUAUUUAGAGUUUGUGUAGGUGGGUGAGAGUAAGGUAUAUGAACUACCUCGACGGUGUGUGUGUGUAUGUGUGUGUUGAACAUAAGAACUGAUGCCUUCACGGUGAGACUGUGUGAGUGCGAGUAUGGCAUAAAGACUGAUGCUUCUACACUUUGUUUUGGACUUAAGGCCUGUCAACCCCUGGAGGGUUAUUAAGGCCACCACAGCUUACUGACCAACCAGCAAGUAUACUAUACUCCUGAACAUAGUCUAGGACAAAAGUAACUUCUCAGUGUAUAUGCUCCUCUCAGCAUACAAUCCCCCCAAAUAUAACUUGCGUUAAUAUACCCUUUAUGUCUACAAUUCACUUUGCAUCGUAUCCAAGUUGCAAACACAAACGAAGACAUGACUUGAGAGCUUCACGGUCAGUGUUGUGAUGGGGUGAUGAUGUUGUUACUCUUCACCGCACGUGUGAGAGCACACACACACACACACACACACACACACCACACACACACACACACACACACACACACACACACACACACACACACACACACACACAUAGACACACAUACA